AUGGGAAUUAACGCUCAAUUAACAGUUGCCGUUAUCGGCUGUGGAACACUGGGAACUGCAAUUACUGCCGGUAUUCUCAGUCCAACAGAAACGACUGACCUCGGAGUCAAGCAUAUUACCGCGACCGUUGGAACCGAACCGUCCAAGCAGCGGGUUGAAAAUACCCUAUCUCAACACUCGUCACGCCUCAUAGUCCUUACCCAAGAGGAAAAUGUCCGUGCAGUGCGGGAAGCAGAUGUGGUAUUGCUGGCUAUGAAGCCUGUCAAGAGAACAGACGUUUUUGCCGCACCAGGGUUCAAGGAAGCUUUGCAAGGUAAACUCGUCAUCAGUAUCAUGGCAGGUAUCACCACCAAAGCAUUGAAUAGCCUAGCCCUCGGUGAAGACGCUGCCUCAAACAGUGGACGUGCGCUCCAAUGCGUGCGUGCAAUGCCCAAUAUGGCGGCCAAGAUCCGAGAGGCCGUGACAUUCUACACUGCUGGUCCCGGCACAACGAAGGAGAACCUCGAGAUUGCGUCCUGGGUAUUUAGUCAAGUUGGGGAGGCGCAGAGCAUCCCCGAAAGUUCUUUUGAUAUCUGUGCAGUUUUAGUUGGUUGUUCUGGCUCCCUCCUGCUCCUCGCGAUCGAUGGGCUACUGGAUGCUGCCGUUGCGGAGGGCGUGAAGAGGCCUGAUGUGCAAAACCUGGUGGUAAAUAGUGCAAUUGGGAUGAUGAAGCUGGUACCUGCUGGAGAUCACCCGAGUGUUCUCCGAGAGAAGAUUGCUUCUCCCGGAGGUUGCUCUAUCCGAGCUCUCCUCGAGUUGGAAAAGCUGGGUGUUCGCUCGGCGUUUACGACUGCUAUCAUGGCAGCAGCGGAGAAGUCUAAACGCAUGUCAUCGUCUUGA